AUGAUUUCUGAACACAGCAGCAGUAAUACUGUCAACAUGGAUUGCCAAACAGAGAAACAAGUCAACAAAUCAGUCGACUGGGACACUCUACCUUUUACAGCACUUUCCAAAAUAUAUUGUCUUUUAGACGACCAAUCACGAUGUCAAGCGGGGUCUGUGAACAGUCAUUGGAAUACGGCGUACAAGACACCACAACUAUGGCGAAAGCGACAUUUCAAGUUUGACGGCACCUCCUGUGACGACCGGGCACUCAAUUACGCCAAAAGUGUGGGACGUUUCAUGAGAACUUGUACCGCGACCAAUACAAUGCACUGUGAACGCUACGCACGUCGUUUUCAGAGGUCAUUGACGACUUACUUCAACCACUUGUUCAAACAAGAUACACAACUGCGGAGCUUUUCAUUCACCGAACUUAAACUUGACCGCUACUUCAAAGAUAUUGCAACUCAAGCCAAACUCACCAAGUCGAUGGUACGAUUUUUCAAGACGCAACACAGUUUAAUAUCAUUUGAUAUGUCGUCAUCGUGGAUGAGCGAAUCACACGGAUACAGUGUACUGGAUGCAGUUGCUAAGCGAUCAAACAAGACAAUGCGUAAUGUUAAUCUAGAAGAUUUCUUUGGAUCUCAUAUGGCAAUCUACAGAUCUGCUGAUUUUAUUAGAGCUAUGGUCAGAUUCACUAACUUAGAAGAGGUUAAGAUGAAUUACAACUGUGUAUCAAAUGACUUGUUACUUGCCAUGGGAGUGAGUAAUGCUAACUGUUGGAAAACCUUGUAUAUUAAGUGUCGUAAAGACGAGCCUUACACACAAGUAAUUCGCCCUUCUACUUGGAUAGUACUGCAACAAUAUUGUCCUCAAUUAUCUGUAACCAUGUGUUUAGAUGGUGUUUAUAACUACGACACCGUGAAAAGAAUUCUGAACCCAGCUAUUCCGCUCAAACACUUAGAAAUAACAGGAAGUAAUCCGGAGGAUACCUUCAAACCAGAUGACACAUUGCGCCACCUAGCGACGAGUUUUGGUAACACGUUAAAGAGUGUCCUCAUAGAAGUACAAGCAAGUUCGUUUCCCGUUGAGCGCGGACUGUUGAAUCUAGUCUCAGAUUGCAAACAACUUUUACGACUGGAAAUUAAAGCAGGAAUUGUAAACUUAUCGGUGAUGGAGGAAGUUAUGGCAAUGGUAAAAGACAGGUUGCAACGACGUGACCCACAGCGCCCUCUGGGGUUGUUUAAACUUACGGUUGAUAACAUGCCUUUGACGUAUUACCAGGAAAUGGCGGCUAUAUUUCGUCGGCACUCGUGUACUGGUUUCCAACUACAAUAUCGUUUUUAG